UAAAAAGUGGCUGCCUCCCAAGGCGCCUGGGCCAGCGGGACUCCCGGGCUGCGUGCCUCAGGUCCGAACUCCGGGCCAGUGCUUGCUGAGAGACCGAAGCGCUCGGUUCCCCCGGGGGGCCGCAGCCUGGGCGUGUGGGGGCGCAAGCCCAGGGGAUGCUGGGCUCGGUGAAGAUGGAGGCCCAUGACCUGGCCGAGUGGAGCUACUACCCAGAGGCGGGCGAGGUGUACUCGCCAGUGAAUCCUGUGCCAACCAUGGCCCCUCUCAACUCCUACAUGUCCUUGAACCCUCUCAGCUCCCCCUACCCUCCUGGAGGGCUUCAGGCCUCCCCGCUGCCCACUGGACCCCUGGCACCCCCAGCCCCCACAGCGGCCCUGGGGCCCACCUUCGCAGGCUUGGGUGCCGGUGGCAGCGGCGGAAGCAGUACUUCUGGGUAUGGAGCCCCAGGGUCCGGGCUGGUGCAUGGAAAGGAGAUGGCAAAGGGGUACCGGCGGCCGCUGGCCCAUGCCAAGCCACCAUAUUCCUACAUCUCUCUCAUCACCAUGGCCAUCCAGCAGGCGCCAGGGAAGAUGCUGACGCUGAGCGAGAUCUACCAGUGGAUCAUGGACCUCUUCCCCUACUACCGGGAGAACCAGCAGCGCUGGCAGAACUCCAUCCGGCACUCGCUGUCCUUCAACGACUGCUUCGUCAAGGUGGCGCGCUCCCCAGACAAGCCAGGCAAAGGCUCCUACUGGGCCUUGCAUCCCAGCUCUGGGAACAUGUUUGAGAAUGGCUGCUACCUCCGCCGUCAGAAGCGCUUCAAGCUGGAGGAGAAGGCGAAGAAAGGGAACAGUGCCACGUCUGUCACCAGGAAUGGUACGGUGGGGUCAGCCACCUCUGCCCCCACGAUGGCCGCCCCGGUCGUCGCCUCCCCGGCUCAGCCCCAGCCUACACCUUCCGAGCCUGAGGCCCAGAGUGGGGAGGAUGUGGGGGGACUGGACUGCGCCUCCCCGGCUUCCUCCACACCCUAUUUCGCCGGCCUGGAGCUCCCAGGAGAACUGAAGUUGGAUGCGCCCUACAACUUCAACCACCCUUUCUCUAUCAACAACCUGAUGUCAGAGCAGACACCAGCACCUUCCAAACUGGAUGUGGGGUUUGGGGGCUACGGGGCUGAGAGUGGGGAGCCUGGGGCCUACUACCAGAGUCUCUAUUCCCGUUCUCUGCUUAAUGCAUCCUAGCAGGGCAGUCGGGAAGGUGGUGAUGGGGUUGGCUGUGACAGACACCGGGUUCCUGGGCUCUGAUCCUUGUGGUUACACUCUGCUUGUCCCAUUAAUUAACAUCUUAUUUGGUCUAUGACUGUGAUGACCCAUUGGCUGCUGUGGUAACUGCCAUGGACUCUUUCGUGGGCCGAGGGUGGGGGUAUUGUGAAGGUGGCCAUGUUGGACCUAUUGUGAAUGCAGCUGUUCUGGGUGUGUGCACUGUGAAAGCUGCCAUAUUAAGUGAAGCUGUUGGCCGAUCCAUGGGUGGCUGACGGUCACCAUGUUGGAUGGCCUCUUCGUUGGCCUGCCAUGCCGGCCACAUUUUCUUUGUCCUGUUGGGAUCCCCUUUUCCUUUUUUUUUUGGCAGACUUCUUGGUACAGCAGAUGCCAAGUUGGCCACCAGAUCACAUGGUGUGUUUUUUGACACACUGGAUGCAUGGAGGGAACUGGCAGGGUGACAUCUCGGCAUGCUGUUAAUGCACCGUAAAGGCCACCACAGGACUGUCAUCUCCAUCUCCUUGGUGGGGGUUGGGUGAGGGUAGAGGUGAGCAGACCCAGUGAUUUUUUUUUUUUUUCUCUGAAGCCCAUCCCCACCCUGGCCAAUGAGAAAGGGCUGGUGUGGGUGUGGGGAAUUCCUACUGAGGUCAAGUUCUUGUCUGGGACUUGGGAUACUGCCUGUGUCUGACCAUUAAAAAGGCACCAUUUCCA